UUUUAGUUAAAGUCUGUGGGUAUCCAAAUCCAUCACUGACUUAAGAAUCUCUAUAAAGUCAUCAUCAAGAGAUCUCAGUCAGACGCAGCAUCUGCAAGCUAAAGAAUAAUGAAAUCACAUCAAGGAGUAGGAGUCAUUAGUUUCUAUUCUGUUGUAAUCUUCUUCGUGAAGAAAAAAUAAGACGAAACCGAAAGUUGAGUGGUGUUAGAGUUCCGGUAACAAAAAAAAUGGCCGCCGCAUUGAGAAAUCAAGUUUGGUGGAAUGUGGUUCCUUCCAUUUAUUGGAAUACAGGAGGACUAGGCUGGAAUCUGCGGGGAAGUAAGAGGAUCCAGCUUCAGCCACUCCCGGAUGAAGUUGCAGUGGAUAAUAAGGAACAAGUAGAGACCGACAUGAAGCAGGCUACUUUAAAUUAUGGAGCUUUUCGUCAUCAAUUGUUGUACUUGUAGUUCGUUAUUUACUUGGAGAACGAAAACGAUGAUCAUCUUUGAUGUUUUUACUUCAUCAGACAGUGGAAGAUAGUGAUCUUUGAGGUUGCAGUUAGUACUUCAACUUCGACUUGGCAACAAAUUAUAAUUACUAUGUUGAAUGAAAAGCUACAACGAUGAAAGAAUACGAGUGGACCUGUCUAAUGAAAAACGAGUGGCGAUCCAACGACUGUUAAGCUUGAGGUUGAAGUGUCGUUGUACUUGUAAUAAUUUUUAUUUAUAAUAUUCAAAAAUAGCAGAGAGUAUGUGGGCAUGAGUUGCUCAUCUUCAUCUUCAUUUUGAGAGGUUGUCAGCUAUGAUCUCAGACUAACAUGACUACAAGAGGGCUCCUUGUGUCAUUCGUGACAAACAUUAUUUAACGUAAACAUUUCAAUUCUUUGUCGUCAAUGUCAAAUACAACAUGGGAUAAUUAUUCCCCAAUCCUCAUAGACUCUACAAAGCCAAAAUCUUUUUUCACUUUCACUACUGUCUACUUACUUGAAAACGAUGAAAGUGAAAGAGUGUUUUGAUGUGGUAAGACUCUAGUACUGAGCCGAACAAGAUAGCCAUAACGUAUGACUUCAACUCUAGUUGUGCCAAGCCAUGUUUAUAGCGUAUGACUUCCUCACUCCCAACCCAUAGAGGACUCUACUAAGCCACAAUAUAACGAAAAACAUAACGUAUGACUUCCCCAUAGACUACUUCUAGUUCUAAGCUAAAAGUGGUGGAAAAUGCCUUUCUGGAAGUAGGCGACUCCUCUUGUUGCGGCUCAUCCUCCCCUACAUCCAAAGAUACAGAUGCCCCCACGACUUCCAGCUCCACAAGAGAAAGCGAAAAGGAAAAGGCUACCUCCUCAUCUACUUCUUUUACGGCUUCGCUAUGAGCAGCAUCUGGAUGAUACAUUAUUGUCAACAUACUGCUCUAUUUCUAGCGAGAAGUCGUACAUAGUAGACAACUUGAUGAAUAUGCUCUACUGUUGUAGUAGUUGUUGGUGCCUCCCAUUUUCAUCAGGUAGCGGUGGUCGUCUAUCCCUAUAUAUAUAAUAGGCUUCCAUGUUCUUCAGAGAUAAAUCGUCGCUCACUAUUUGUAUUUCUUGACACAUGCAGGAGGGUUACAACAUCGUAGAUAGUCGUCUGUCUCUUCCUCUUCGUGUUAGCAUCUAUAAUAAAUAUAGAAGAACUCGACUGAAAAUCAGCACGUUAGAGCAGUUCAUCUUAUACUAUAAUUAUCUAUAAUAUUAUAAACCAAAACUUAUUUUGAGCGUUCAACAGGAGUGAGCUUACGGCCCGAGAUGUACUUACGCAAAUCAUUGCAAAGAUGAAAAGACGCACGGGCUAGAUGUACACGUCUGAGAUAUAUAUCUCGCGGCAUUUAUCUUAUAUAUACGCAAAUCACGGGAGAGGUGUACUCUUGAGAUGUGCUUACACUGGGGCGAUUCGUAGCAGGUUUCCAAAGUUCUACUCCUUUGAGAUGUACGCAAAUCAUGGGAAAGAUGUACGGGCUAGAUGUAUACAUCUCGCGCCGUAAAAGUGCCGCGCUUUUGAGUACAGCUCUCCCGUGACUCUGCUCCUGCUAAGGCUUUCGGCAGUACUCAAAACCCUGAGCCAACAGCACAGGCCAAGGACUAAGCUGCAUGGGAUGGACAAAAAACGAAGAGCGAAGCGCCUCAGCUUGAGACGAAUGCUAAUCAGCUGCAUGAAGGAAAGUCGCUGCGUCUGCGUAUGUGCUACAAUUAUGGCACACAUGGACGCAAACAAAUGCAAACAGCGGCAAGCAUCCAGCAGCUAUAGGCUGAGCAAAUGGGGACCCGCCUGCUUUUUGGAUAAGGCGCCUGAGUUGGCUCAAAGGGUCGGACCUUUCAAGCAGGUCAAAAGCAAGCAGCAAGCGCAUAGGGCUGCGCUUUUCGGAUAGGGGCCCUGAGCUGCGUCAAAGGGGGAGACCUUCCAAGCAGGUCAAAAGUAGCCAGCGGCCCCAUAAAGUAAAAGCUGCGCGCUUUGGAUAAGGGUCCUGAGCUGACUCAAAGGGUGGGGCCUUUCAAGCAGGUCAAAAGUAGGCACCAACCUCACAGAGGACGAGUGGCGCCGUUUGGAUAAGAAGGCUGAGCUGGCUCAAACUCAAAGGGUGAGACCUUUCAAGCACCUCAAAAGUGGGCAGCAAUCUCAUAGAGCGGCGCCCUUACUUUGGAUAAGGAGCCUGAGCGGACUCAAAGGUUAGGGCCUUUCGUCUCAAGCAGACCAAACGCAGCAAGGGCAAGCAGCGCCAUACAGUUGCGCUUUUUGAGUAACAGAUCUGAGCAAGGUCAAAGGGUUGGACCUUUCAAGCAGGUCAGAGGUAGAUAGCGACUUCAUAGAGUUGCGCUUUUUGGAAAAGGGGGCUGAGCUGGCUCAAAGGGUGGGACCUUUCGAGCAGAUUCAAAGUAGGCAGCAACUGCAUAAAGCUGCGCGCUUUGGGUGAGAAGUCUGAGCUGGCUCAAAGGGUGAGACCUUUCAAGCAGCUCAAAAGUAUGCAUAAAGCUGCGCGCUUUGGAUAAGGAGUCUGAGCGGGCUCAAAGGGUGGGACGUUUCAACUCAAGCAGACAAAAAAUAGACAGCAAUGCUGUAGCGUUGUGCUUUUUGGAUAACGGACCUGAGCAAGGUCAAAGGGUGGGGCCUUUUAUUUUUAAGCUGGUGCAAAAUAUGCAGCAACCUCAUAAACUUGCGCUUUUUGGAUAAGGGGCCUGAGCUGGCUCAAAGGGUGGGACCUUUCAAGCAGGUCAAAAGUAGACAGCGACCUCAUUCGCCUGCUCUGGUGGUGCUUGCAGGGUGGCGGUGGCUUGGUGUUGCUUUUGGGGUGUCGGCUCUCUGGAUCAUUGUAGGAAGGUACGCACGUGGAAGCUGGUGGGCCUUGUGGUGGAUGUGGUGCGCGAGUCUCCACGAAUUUCCAGCCGCCUGGCCUCGGGGGGUUGUCUUUCUGUUGGUGUCGUGUUCGCGUGUGUGUCGUCGGUCUUCAGCUUGUGCCGCGCAAUCGGGGGCGGCCCUCGUUCGUUCGUGUGGUCGGUGUCUGGUGUGGUGGCUGCCUGCGGGGUUUCUGCCGCAUUGGUUUCGCCGUCGUGUCGCUUCUUUUGUUAGUUUUAUAUAAGAAGAAGCGUGGGCCUUUUCGCUCCGGUGGCCUUGAAAAUUAGAAAAAUUUUAGCAGGCUUUUAGCGACUUAGGUUGGCCGUUGUGGUCUGGCUGAAGGCUUGACAGAGUAAGUGCCUCACAGAUAGCACACGUGAAGCAGCUGAAAAGUAGGCAGCAACGUGACGCCAUAGAGCUGCGUGAUUUGGAUGGAAAACCCAAAACGGCGCAAAGAGUAAGACCCUGCAAACGGGCGGAGAGUAGAACGGGGCCACCCCCGAGCUUUCUCCAUGGAAAGGGUGCGCUGUGGACGUUCUCACGGUGAGCGGAGUCGGGCGUAGUGCUUCGCCCAAAAUGCUGAGAACCGAAGACAAAAAGCUUGGGCCCCCCUCGCGACACUGCCACCCCGGAGACGCAACACAAUCCAAGGGGAGGGGGUCCACGCCCAAAACCCCCGCCAGGAAGCGCGUGAGGCUCUCACGGUGAGCGGAGUCGAUCGGCGUGCUUCGCCCAGCCACUACGCUGAGAACCGAAAGCGGCAGGCUUGGAGUGAUCUGCCUAAGUAUUUGACUCUCGGCCAAUGUAUUGGGUUACUCGUUUACUUCAUUCGCUUGACGUAGUUCCUUUUGGGUGUUUCGGGUGCUGCCGGGGUGAGUGUUUGCGUGGCACGUAGUAGCUUGUAGCACGUAGCUGCGGUGCUUAUUCCAUAGCCUGCCACUCUUUACGUAAUUCGUAGCACGCUGGUCGGCCGUGUGCGUGGGUUUUAUGUAACUCGUAGCAUUUGCAAGACCCUUCUGCCCUGCCCCGGCGUGUGUACACGCCGGGGGCACGUGGGCGGUGAUAGGUAUACUUUUGAAGUUAUUAAAAUAGUCGCAGUUAGACGAGUUGAAGUUCUUCUAAGAACCUUAGUGAAGAUACUAUUAAAGUAGUCCUCGCAGUUAGUGUUAGAGUUGGAGAUGGAAUCUUUAGAGUUGAAGAUAUUAAAGUCAAACACGUCGACGUCAUCUUCAGGAGCUCUAAUUCUUCUUCGAUCGCAUCCUCUUCAAGAUUAGCAGCAGAAUCGCCGCCGCAAGUAUCUUCCGCGACAACAACACCUUCCGAAGAACCAAAAUUAGAAGCACCGGCAACCCCCAAGGAAUCGAAAGUAGAAUCACCAGCAACCUCCGAAGAACCGACAUCAGGAGUAGAUGAAGAUCUAGAUCCACCACCAACACCAUCUCCCGAAGAACCAUCAUCCGAGGAACCAAAACCAGAAGCAGGAGCAACCUUCGCAAAACGAAAAUCAGAACCAUCAGAAGCACGUGAUGGAAGUUUUGACAGUGUAGCAGCCCAGCGGGCUGCACCUUCUGCAACAAAUCUAGAAGAUCCGGAGACCGUUAAGAUUAAGGCUACUUUUUGACAAUCUCAAACAAACUAUGCCGAGUAGAGUGCCGCUACUUGAUUUAAUGUGGGAAACAAAAUCGGAAAGGAGCCACUCUACUCACUGAGCCCCGGCUCGGAUGCAUAGUGAAAAUGAUCUACUUAGCCCUAACUAUUAAGCGGCGGAGACCUUCACUGUGAAAGAAAAUACGGAAAAGGAAAAGCGCCGCGAUGGGGUCAACGCUGCCCGAGAGCAGGAAAAAGAGGACAAAAGAGUUUAAGACCUUUGCUCAACCUCCUCCUCAACCGACAAUAUUACUGUGUACUAUGAUGUAUGAUGCCACUCGCACUCAUUGAGGGCGAGGAAGAUAUGGGAAUGUCGUCCCUAAGUAAGAGGAUAACGGGGGAGCGACAUUCCCCAAUCGACAUUCUCAAUGGGUGGAAGCCUUCGCAUUAGGCUAGUUCUAGUAUGCAUAUGGAUAUGCCCCCUUGUCCUUAUUAAUAUUAGCGAAAACUGCGACAGAUCAAGAAACGACAGAUCUUCAAGCGCUUCAUUUAAGCCUUCCCGCCUAUACCAUAGUUUUAGUUGUCGAUCUUGCAGUAAAUAAUGAGAAUCAUCCUUAGUAUAAGCCGAUCUUUAACGCGCAUUCUAAGGUGGGGAAAAGGAGCUUCGGAAAAAAAUGCCCGAAGACUUCCCUCAGUGUGAGGUUAAGGCCGAUUCUUGAUCCACGGAGUUGAGCUGGGAUUGCGCAGGAUCCCUAACCUAACCUAACCUAAUUAACCCAGAAACAUUGACAUGCUAAGUCAACUCACUCUUCAGCGUAGUAGUACUACUCGACUUCCACGCUGUUUGUUUCGGUUUUCAUUCUGAUUGGACGAACAUAGACGGACUACGUUCACUUCUACAACUGUCUUCUUGAAUUUAGAAAACAGUACUAGGGAGGAGGUGCCUACAGCUACAAACUUGUUACUUUUUUUCGAUUGAUAGUUUUAGAUUUUACUUAGUGUUAGUUCUUAGAGUACUAGCCUCUCUACAACAAAAACGUACUUUUUUCCCCCGAUCAAGAUCAUCUGGAUCACUCUACUAGUAAAGUCAUCAAUUAUAUACUUGCAGCUCGACUUAUUUUUUGAACAGAUAGAUACAUUGUCAUGGAUCUAAUACUUAGCUGCGUGUUGCUAUAGAGACGAAAGCACGUGGUGGCUUCCAUAGUGUAAGUCGAGGCCUUGAGAAUAUGGCCAAGAAGCUGUCCAGUGCUGAAGCGUCGAUCUCGAUACUUGCGGCACAAAUGAUGGAUGGCCGAGACCUUGCUGGGAUACGGGAAAGCACGAAGACAAAAAUUCUGGACCUGCGAUUAAGGCAAGAGCAUACUCAUUACAUGACCAUGCUGAGCAUACUCAUUACAUGACCAUUCUGAGAAUGAUCAUGCUACUUUGUUGAGAAUUCCUCUUUACAGUACGGCUUUUCUUCAGAAGAUUUUUUGAAUCCACAUACAGCAGACAACUAGACUACUAAAUCUGAAAGGGGAUCUUUCAUGAUUAUAGUGCCUAGAGAAGUACUUGCCUGACUUUUCUUUUUUCGGUUUUUGUUUUUUCUAGUUAGGUAUCGUAUAGGUAUGCUCCAACAACAUUAUUUUUGGUUAUAGUGCCUACACCUAAGAGAAAGAGUAAGAGGUACAAAGCAAUAUUUUUGAUUCAUUGAUCCCAGAGAGAAGAUGACGCAGCCGAUGACGAUUCGAGCAGAACAAGUUCACAGCAUAUUUAUCACUUAUCUUGUUCGUGGCACCGUAAGUUCUUCAAUCUCUUGAGUCUGGGACGGAGAAGGGAACUAGAUCCACCUGAAAAUAGCAACACCAAACUGAGUCUGAGAAGAAGAAGACGACUUAGCGUAAGCCAAAGCUCUAACGCAGAAACAGGCGGAAAAGGUACACCACAGGGCGGCGCAGUUUAUCAUAACAAAGAGGCGGACGACGUGGCCCGCAGCACUUCGGGAAUAAUAUGGCUGAAAAUAAAUCUGAAUCCACCUCCCUGCUGCUCAAAUAGAGGCAUCUUAAGCAAGUCCAAAUGUAUUAUUGAGCACAGGAUUAGCGCUUCACACGGUGAGGGGGAUGAGCGUUACCGCUUUGCCUAUCAGAUAAGGACUCGGGGCGUUCACUUAUCGACGAGAAUAAGUAUCGAAAACGACAAGGGCAGCUCAGACUUAUAGUCCUACUACCGCAGUGGAAAAUUGGUGUAGGUUGGGGCUAGCGCUCAAGGCCGAUAGAGCUUCGGCGUCGACGCUUGUGCGGUUUAUCCACUCAUAGAAUCCGCUGAAAAUCUGACAUCGCACUUUUGCAGCGUCAUUUUCUUUAUCGGUUGGUAGCGGCAUAUGUUAUCGACCGACUUAGGCCGUGUCCCACCUUCUGGGGCAAAGAAAGGCGCUCGGUUGCUAUUCUCUGCUACAUCUACACGCGAGCCAAACCAAUUCUAUUAGAACUGAUAGGCUACCGGGUUGCUGCGUGUUCGAUAGGAUUCAUCUUCUUGAGGGAGCAGCAUCAAAACCUAGAUAGCCGGAAAUGGGAAGGCUUUUUGCGGUCGUUGUGGUGUUUGCAACUUGGCAAGCCACCAGCUUCAGACUAAAUUAAAUCCGUACAGGGAAGUUCCGAAGGUUAGGCCUGGCUAGUGUGCGCGCGCUUUGCUUAAUCUGCUUAGUAAGCCUUCAGCGAAGGGCUUCGGCUCUAAGUAGAUCCUCGACUGGGUGACUAGCAUACUAGGGGGCUAGGUGACAGGGUGCCCUUGGUUCUCAGUUUCUCUAAGUCUCGUCAGGUCUUACUCAUCGGGCGCCGCUUAUCAUGAACACCGCAACAAACUCACAAGAAAGACGACGCGACACAUCUAGACUCAAGAGAGUUCAACCCUCUAAAAGACUCAGGAAUGGGUGCAAAAGACGGAAGCAGAGAAGGCUUCGAAGAUGGUGGCUGGCGGUUCGUCUGAAGAUGAUGAUGAAGCUACGAAGCGGAGGCGAGAUACAGUUGCUCGGGUACAAAAGAAGAUCGUCGACGGGCUGCUCGAUCGUGCGGUCGAAGCUGUAGCUAUGAUUUUUUUACUUAGACUUUAUUCGUUGAGUAUUAAUUUCCUCCGUGUUAGCUUCUUCCGUCUUAGUGGUAGCAUUUUUGCCAUUGGUGCCUUGUGAAGUCUUCUCUUUCAAAUUCAGACUCAAACUAAUCAUACGUGUGAGCCCUUUGAGGGUUUCAAGCUCUCCGUCUCCAAUGGGUGCAGCAAUGCAGCAAUGCAGCGCUGAGGACCAUAAUACAGCUACACUAACACGCUGCGCGGCCUAGUAGAGUUCAGCCUCUGCCUGGUCGUCGUCGUGGUCGUGCUGGUUGAAGAUAAGUACUUACUUUAGCACAACUCCUUUGAAUCUAUAAGGCGGCACUGAUUGAGAACGAAGCAGAGGGAAUGUCGUGGAGACACUCCUAAGGGGAGGCACUCCUAAGAGGUCGGAAGCACAUUAGGGGACGCCAUUCCCUUGCUGACAUUAUCAAUCAGUGGCGUCAUUCAUAUAACCUAGCUCCAUCUAGUCCUCUGCUGAGUCGAAGUUUUAGCUUGCAUUCUUUGAAUGGGGAAUGGCGCUAACCCUUGGCAUCUUUGCCCUGCUGGCCAGUAGGAGUAAGCGAGACGAAACUACUAACAGAACUGCGCCUAGUACUUUUGCCUCAUCGUUGCUAACUAGUAGUAGCGCUGGGUGGUAUUACAAUUACUACAUUAUAGUAUAGUGGUUAGUGCUGGCGCUACUUUUGGCACCAGUAGCAGUACUACCGCGAAGCAAAAAAUAAAAGGGAUGAAGUCGAUUAUUGAAGAAACCUAUGUUGCUUAGUCGUGUCCCUUCUUCAUCUUAGCUAAGCUAAGAAGAACGGUCGCCCGAUCUAUCCUCGCGCUCUACUUUCAGGACCUAGACUUACCACUACGUGCCUGACAAUAUACGAGACAGCGUCUACUUCUACUGCUAGACCAUUUUUCUUGUCCAUACAUUGAAGAUUAUUCAUUUGACACUAGCAGAAGCAGACUAUCUUCUAAUGAUCAAACGGUGGCGAGCCUCGUGGGGGAAUUGGAGUCGUCGUCACGUUUAUGAUCACUGAUAGAUUGAGAACGCGGCAGAGGGAUCACUGAUCACUGUUGUCCCAUGAAAAAGGGGCGCUUUAGGGAUCACUGUUGUCCCGGCCACAGGGGCGCUUUCGGGAUGCUUGUCCAUAGUUGUUCCCGGUCUUGGGUAUUUAAUCAGACCACUUGACUCGAUUCUGAUUCAGCUCGGGCCCUCGAUUGCGCCCGCCCCUUCUGAAGUCUCGGUCAGCAGUUGGCUUUUCUAUCCCUUUACUAGGGUCUACGCUUCCUCUUAAGCUUAACAUCCUUGGGAAUCCUUUCAGGAACUGUCUCGUCUUGCCAAAGGUACUUCGUGACCAUCUGAGACGCAACGAUGACGAUGCGCAACAGCUUUACUUAUUCUUACAUCUCAUGUCCCCACAGCAUGUGUAUGAUCUUCUUCGACAACAACACUUAGCUCUUUGUCGUGGUCUCAGUGUCAGCCUUCUUGUAAUUAAUAUAUGAUCUUCUUCUACAACACUUCCGGCUCGUCGUCUCAAUCUUUAUCUUCUUCUACUUCCCAUCAUUAUUAUAUGGUCUUAGUCUACAACUAUCCCUCGGCCUCGUCUCAAGCAGUGGUCUCAGUGAUUAUUAGAGAUGCAAAACCUUGCGAUUCGCCACUUCGACGACUUACUGACCCAAGCAGAGAGGGACACGCUCUUAUGAAGUAGAUCUGUAGUUGUACUUCUCAUAUUUUUUCAGAAACAAGAGCAAAAGGUUGUACUUCUUAUAAAUAUAAUUUCAGAAAUAAAUUACUACUAACUUUUGUUCUGUCUGCUCAAUCAUAGAUAUAAUUUCAGAAUGAAGGUGCUUUUACAUCUACUGCUGAAUAUCAUAUAAUUUCAUAAGGUGCUUCUACUUCUUAAUAUCUUUCAGAAAAUUACUACUAACUUCUCAAUCUCAUAUAAUUUCAGAAAUUUACUACUAACUUUUCAAUUUUUGAGAGUGAGAUAUCAUAAUCAUGGUCGUAAGCAAAAUAAGUUCAUAAUUCAUUUUCUCCUCUCAUGAUAAUCGAAGGAAAUCGGCGUCGAGCAAGUAGUCGACAACCAUCAAGACGAAGAAGUGCGUCCAGUGGUCGACGAGGCCAAGGCAGAGCCCACGACCGAGGCGGACGCGGCGGCGGUGCAGGCUACAUGUUAAGGGCUUCCAUAUUGCAUUCUGCACUUCUUACUCCAUACUCCAUUCAUCAUUUUUCGAGGAGUAAGAAGAGAACUUACUGACUUAUAUAUUAACAGGGAUGUUCUAGUCAUAGAAAUACUGUCAGACGACCACGUCUCUACGGUCAUCGUGAACGAUGGUAACAGGGACAAGCGCACGCAGAAUGCAAUGCGGAAACCUCUAAGUAUGAGCAGGAGGGACAAAGAUAUGAGACCCUGACCAAGAGAACGGGUGGAGGGAGGUUAGGGUCGGUCGCUG